AAGAAACUUGUUUUGGAAAUGGUAAAUAUGGAUGACAUAGUCGAAAACGUGUUGCAAAAAGCAUCUGAGAAAGAGGCAAAGUACAAAACUACAGAAGUCGCUAAAGACAUUGAUCUUGAUAUAGAUGAAGGGAAUUUAAUGACAUCAGAUUCCAAUCCUUUAGAUAUAAAAAGUUUCAGAGCUGAUAAAGAAAAGUUCCUCAGAAGUUUAGCAAGAGACAAUACACAGAUUCUAGUUAACAGUAUAUGGAAGCUUCCAACACAGAGAGUGGAGAAUAUUGUUGCAGCUCAGUUGCCAGAUCCAAAAACACUCAUACCUAGGGAAAAGCCUGUUCCAAAAGUGAAACAACUGACAAAAUGGGAAAAGUAUGCCAAACUGAAGGGUAUACAGAACAAGAAGAAGUCACGCAAGGCUUGGGAUGAGGAAUCACAGUCAUACAAACCAAGAUGGGGAUAUAAGAGGGGCAAUGAUAAUACCAAGGAAUGGCUGAUAGAGGUUCCACAAAAUGCAGAUCCAAAUGAAGACCAGUUUGCAAAAAGAAACGCUGCAAAGAAGGAAAGGGUGGCAAAGAACGAGUUACAGAGAUUGAGGAAUAUUGCACGUUCACAAAAACAGAAAGUACCAGGUGUAGGAUUGACACCUACAGAAGCUCCGAGUAAAGAUUACCUUGGUAAAGCUUUGGCUGUGGCCAAGAAAUCUACAGCUUCCAUUGGAAAAUUUACAGAAAAUCUCCCAAAAGAAAAACCAUCUAAAUUUUCUGGAAAGAAAAGAAAGUUUGAACCUAAUCAUGGAAAUAUAAAACAAGAGGCAUCUCGUCAGCUGGAUAUACUGAACAACCUCGGCAGUGACAGACCUCUUGUUGAUAAAAAUCUAGCAGCAAAUCUACACAAUAAGGACUGGCAAGAAUCAAGAGCAAAGAGAAGACGUGAAGAUCCAGACGCCUUCAAGAAGAAACCAACAGGCAAGAGAAGUAAUCAUGGAAAAAAGGGAAACCUGAGAAACUUCAAGGGUGGACAAAAGGGGGGCAAGGGUGGAGGGGGAGGGAAGAAAAAGGGGGGCAAAAGAUGAUUUGUUUUGUUGUUGAUGAAAUACAUUUUGUAAAUAAAAUCAUUAUGAAAUUCAUAAAUGUUUCAUCGUUGAAAAUAGUGUAAAGUAAUAGUCAAUUUUUGGUGAAAGCAUUUUGGUUCUAAGAGGAGUUGUCAUACCUAUAAAGUGUAAGAAUGGUUUUGUUCAAGUACACAGCACAGAGUGGGUGAAUUCUUCAGUUGGCACCCCAUCAUUCUCAAAUAUACUGUUUGUUAUGCAAACUUAAUUACACUGUAUUUGUUCUGAAAGUUGGUCUACAAUUUAAAUGAAAAAAGUCUAGGGCACAAUCACAAUUUACAGUUGUAAUAUAUAAGCUGUACUUUACUGGUAAUGCCAAAAUGUUCAACUAGAUAAAGUCAAUAGAAAAAACUUAAGACUGGUACAUUACAAUCAUAAUUUAUGUUUAUUACUUUACUUCAUAUUCAUAGUUAUAACAUGUUUAUUUUUUCUCUUGCUGAAUGAUAUACACCCAGAUAUUAAACAGGUAGUAUUUGAAUAGGUGGAGUGAGAGCACAUUGAUUAGCAAGUAUCAAUAAAUUGAACUGAUUA